AUGUUUAUGAGCGGAAAACUGGAAAGACAAUUGCAGAAGAUUGAUGACAGAAAUACGCGGGAUGAAAUGUAUCUCAAGGCCUUAGUGUCUUUAGACGAAGAGACAGGAACAGAGUCUAACAACAGAACCGAAGACAUGAGGCUCAUAAUUAAGAUCUUUAAGUUUGUUCGAAGCGGACAGUUGGCGAAGGACUUGCAAACAUUAGGAGAAGUUUUCGAAGCGUGUCGGAAAGGCUUGGACCGGUUGAUUAGAGAGGCAGAAGAGGCUUAUGCGAGGAAGACUGAAGAAGAACAGCCUAAUUCGCUCACUUCGUUCAAGGUUCCUGCUUCUUCUGAAACUAACUGCCAAGGUGUUGUACCCUUUGCGAAGGAAUCCGAAGCUAUUGAAACAAAUGACAUACGAGACAAUGAUGUCGGAGGGGUUGCAUCAAUAGGAAACUCUUCGAAGAAGGUCCGUGAAGAGCCCGUUUGGGGAGCCAUGAAGUCUCGAUGGGGAGAAGAUUUCCCAUUGCCUGCAGAUUUCGACGAUGAAGCUGCUAUGUUGCAACAAGCUUUUAUUCAGUCAAACUAUGACGAGUUUAUAAGAUUAAAGGGCUGCCAUGGUACCUCUUGCUCAACCGCUCAUGGAAACGAAAUCGUCAACAAAAAACCCACUACCACCAACAUACAAAGCUUUGAGAAGAUGAACGAAGAAAAUAUUGAGGAAAUUAGCCCUGAUGACCAACAGGACGCUGAUGAUGAGACUUCUGAUACAUCCGAGUCUGGAUCUGCCCACUACAGUACCGAUAGCGGUGAUGAAAAAAGCAAAGUCGACGCUAACAAAACAAGCGGGACAGGAAAUUUGCCUGAAAUGAAGGAUAUCUCAGUUGCAUCGAUUGAAUGUGUAAUAAAGGACCUUCUCAUUGCUACUGCAGAGCAAUUCAAACAAAGUUUUACAAAAGAUCAUUCCAAUUUUUUGAAGUUGGACGCAUUUGGGGAGGCAUUGAAGAAAGCAACGGAAGAAUUAUUGGCAGAGGGAAAAAUAAAAGGGCGUCGCUGUGUCACUUCGUCUGAAUCCACAGCCUCUAUCGAACAAAACAUCUCUAAGAAAUGGGCUGUCACAUACCCAGAGGCCAUUCCUAUGCGUUCCUUUGAAUUCACGCGAGCCAUCGAUAUCCUCAUCUCCCUCACAAGGUCUACUCCCUACAACCACGCUAUCCUUGAAGACACCCCUGAAUGUAUGUACGAUGCCUUAGUAGUCUACACACAAUACUACUUGGACACGUGCACCCACAGAAAGUGCAUAGAAAUCGUUGAGGGACAUUCUCUUGAUCAACAGAUUAAAUGGGUCAGAGAAAUGCACUCUUUUGUUUCUUGGUGGAAGGAGGUGUGUGAGGAAUUCCAAGGAAUAUGGGGAAAAGGGGUACUGAAUAAGGAGGUUCUAAAGAACUUUGAUGUAAAUGGAGGUAAUUGGAAUGACGACGAGGCUGGAAGAGAUUGA